AUGGCUCGAGGGCCUUUGGACUUAUGGAAUGAGUGGGGAACCCGGAUCCUGGUUCUCUUGAGCCUCGGCUUCCAGGUCAUCCUCCAUCUCUUCGCCAAGGUGCGUCGUCGCAAAGCCAGCUCAGCUAUGCAGAGGUUCUUCCUCUGGCUGGCGUACCAGCUGUCCGACAUGACGGCGACGUACGCUGCCGGGCAGCUCUUCUUCAGCAGCACGCCGCAAGAGCACCACCUAGUCGCCUUCUGGGCUCCGUUCCUCCUGCUGCACCUUGGCGGCCCGGACAACAUUACCGCCUAUGCCCUCGAGGAUAGCAAGCUCUGGAAACGCCACUUUCUGAGCCUUUUGGUGCAGGUCCUGGGAGCUGGACAUGUCUUCUACAAGCAUAUCAUCGGCAGUGGGAUCUUGCUCAUGCUGGCUGCCAUCUUGAUAUUCGGUCUCGGCGUUGCCAAGUAUGGGGAGAGGACAUGUGCGCUCUGGUUCGCCAACUUCAGCAGGCUCCGGAGCUCUCUCAAGGUGUUACCACGUGACAAGCAUCACCAAAAAUUUUACACCGAGCAUCAACACGGCUACGACAACUCCAACGCUGAACUCCUGCAGCUUGCUCACUCCCUGUUUCAUAUCUGCAAGCGUGGGAUAGUUGAUUCCGUGAUGAUGGUGGAUCCAGAUAGCCUGAGUGAGCUGGAUUCUUUGGACAACACAACAAUCCAGGGCCUCAUGAAAGACCGUGAGCGCAUGUGGACGGUGAUGGAGAUGGAGCUCUCCCUUAUGUACGACAUCCUCUACACGAAGGCAAGUGUGAUCCACUCUUGGUUUGGCUACUGCAUCCGUGCCGUGUCGCCUCUUGCCAUUACCGCCUCUCUUGUGCUGUUCCAGUUGAGCGGCAAAGAUGGUGACAGCCAAGCCGAUGUUGUCGUCACAUACACCUUGUUGGUUGUUGCCUUGGUCCUGGAGACAAAAUCCCUUGUAGGUGCACUUGGAUCAAGCUGGGUGUUUGCCUUCUUGUGUGCUACACGAUGUAAUUGGCUUCGGCAUGCAGCUCUGUGCAGUGGAAGGUGGCACUGGCUUCGUCAGAGACUUGGAUCUCUCCGCCGGUCUUGGCCUGGAAAGGCGAUAAUUACACGGAACUCAAGGAGAUGGUCAGGCACCAUGGGACAGCACAACAUGUUGCAGUUUCGCACCGGAGAGAUGGAUUCGACCGGUCACCAGCUCGGCAGUCUUUUCAAGAUGGUGGGGCUCAGCGAGUCGUUUGAGAGAAGGUACUACUCAUGGACUGUUGAGGUCCCAGAGAAGGUCAAGGAGCGUGCACAGAAGGUGGACGACAUAGUCUCAACGGGUGAUAUAAACACAAUGGGCAUGCUCAGGUAUAAUUGGGGUAAAAUGGCGCUGAGUGAGAAGAAGUACCCUGGGCUGUACAUGGAGUUGGAGGACUGGCAUGGAGUUGACUUCCACGAGAGCAUCAUCAGCUGGCACAUCGCCACCGACUUGAUCCUCGCCGCAGGGCAGCCAAGCGGCCAUGAUGCAGCUGACGGCCGUGUGGAGGCUGUCAGGGCACUGUCCAACUACAUGAUGUUCCUCCUGGUGGAUCGCCCCGACAUGCUACCAGGCCUUCCUCAGAACUGGCUGUACAAGAAAACCUGCACCAAUCUGGACGACUUGUGUAAAGAACGCCUAGUUGGUUCUCGAGGCAACAUCUUCACCGCGCUCAAGAGAUUGUUCGGACCACGCCAUCACCGCCGCUGCUUAAAUCCUUCUAAGCUCGAGAAGGAGCUUGCCGGGAUCAUACUGGAGCUGCCACACGAGGAGAAUUUCAACUACUACGAAACUCCUCGGCUCAUGUACGCACGCAAGAUUGCUCGGAUACUGCGCCGUAGGGACGAAGAUGCAGUGGUUGUGCUGCUAGACGUGUGGACCGACUUCAUGGCCUAUGCAGCCAACCGGUGCAGCAGGGAGGCGCACGCCAGGAACCUGAACAGCGGCGGUGAGUUGACGACUGUGCUCUGGCUUAUGAUAGAGCACCUCCGCUUGAUAAAAGGAGAUGCAACAAAGGUUAUGACCAGUGUACCUGAACGUCCCUGGAGCUUUCCGGCUGAAAUCUUAACCUGA